CCGUUCCUAGUCUCUCUCUCUCUCUGCGAUUUUGCGUUUUGCGAUUUGAGAGAUCACCAGUUCUUAUCGCUUGCGUUUUGUUCUUUCUCUACAUAUCAAUAUCUCGAUCUCGAGAUAAUUUAGUGACUGAGAAUAUCUCUCUUUUCUCUGAUCCGUUUCUUAUUCGGAGAAUUCAGAGCUUGAACUCAGGACAAGGAAAUGGCUUCGCAGCAGAAAAAUGUAGGAAUUCUCGCCAUGGAGAUCUACUUUCCUCCAACUUGUGUUCAACAGGAAGCUUUGGAGGCACAUGAUGGAGCAAGUAAGGGGAAAUAUACAAUUGGACUUGGACAAGAUUGCAUGGCCUUUUGUCAAGAGGUGGAAGAUGUGAUCUCCAUGAGUUUGACUGCUGUUUCCUCCCUGUUGGAGAAGUAUAAUAUUGAUCAUUCACAAAUCGGUAGACUUGAAGUUGGGAGUGAGACAGUUAUAGAUAAAAGCAAGUCUAUAAAGACUUUCUUGAUGCAAAUUUUUGAGAAAAGUGGAAAUACCGAUAUUGAAGGUGUUGAUUCAACAAAUGCUUGCUAUGGUGGCACAGCCGCUUUGUUCAAUUGUGUUAACUGGGUGGAGAGCAGCUCAUGGGAUGGGCGAUAUGGACUUGUUGUCUGCACAGACAGUGCGGUGUAUGCAGAAGGACCGGCUAGACCCACUGGAGGAGCUGCAGCUAUCGCAAUCCUGAUAGGGCCUGAUGCACCUAUAGCCUUUGAAAGUAAAUUUAGAGCAAGUCAUAUGUUUCAUGUCUAUGACUUUUACAAACCCGAUCUUGCUAGUGAAUAUCCGGUUGUUGAUGGAAAGCUUUCUCAGACCUGCUAUCUGAUGGCCCUUGAUUCGUGCUAUACACGUUACUGCAAAAAGUAUGAGAAGUUAGAGGGUAAACAAUUCUCACUUGACGAUGCUGAAUACUUUGUCUUUCAUUCUCCUUACAACAAGCUUGUGCAGAAGAGUUUUGCUCGCCUAUUAGUCAAUGACUUUUUGAAGGGUGCAAGUUCUGUUGAUGAGGCUGCUAAAGAAAAGCUAGCCCCGUUUUCUACUCUUACCGAUGAUGAAAGUUACCAGAGCCGAGACCUUGAGAAGGUAUCACAGCAGCUUGCAAAGUCAUUAUACGAUGCAAAGGUUCAACCGACAACUCUCGUACCAAAGCAAAUCGGAAACAUGUAUACCGCAUCUCUCUACGCAGCAUUUGUGUCCCUUGUUCACAACAAGCAUAGUUCACUGGUAGGAAACAGGGUAGUUAUGUUUUCAUAUGGAAGUGGUUUAACCGCCACCAUGUUCUCAUUCCGCAUGCGUGAAGUUGAUGAUAGUCGUUUUAGCUUGUCAAACAUCGCAAAUGUGAUGAAUGUUGGUGAGAAAUUGAAGUCAAGGAAUGAGAUUACUCCAGAAAAAUUUGUGGAAAAUUUGAAGCUAAUGGAGCACAGGUAUGGAGGGAAGGACUUUGUGACGAACAAGGACUGUAGCCUUCUAUGGCCGGGUACCUAUUACCUAACCGAAGUUGACUCAAAGUACAGGAGGUUUUAUGAAAGGAAACCGGUUGGUCCUAAUGUGAAUGGGUCUUUGGCCAAUGGUCAUUAAUCAUGUUAGCCAAUUGGAUUCAGAAAUUUCAAAUAAUCCGUCGAACCUCUAUCAAUGCAGUUUGGGUGGGUGGGUAGGCUGGCUUGAUCCAUCAACAAACAGCCAACCAGACAGUCAUUAAAUUGCUUUUUCCUCUUUUUUAUGUCGGUUUGUUUAUUUCCUUUUUAUGGAUAGUGUUGUUUAAUAUUAUCAGAUUGUAGCAAAUAUUUGCUGACUUUUUUUUCUUCUCUAUUUAAGAGCAACCAUGUGCUUAGAUUUUA